UGGGGGGGGAGAAGCUUCGGAGAAGCAACGGAGUAGUUCUCCCGAGCGCAGGUAGAUUAGAAACGCGUCUCACCUACAGCAUAAGCAAGGUGAGGUACUAGUGCUCACCAUGCCCCGCGUUUUCCUUGUGAAGAGAAGGAUCCCGCUGCCUGCCAGUCGUAGCUGGGACGAGCUCCCAGACGAAGAGCGAGCGGAUAACUACGUCCCAGGAGGGGUAAAAUGUGUACUCCUGAACUAUCGUAGUGAAGACAGCUGUAGUUUGGAGAGUUGUAGCAGCAGGGAUGCAGAGACUACCAAUAACUCUGUCUCUGAGUCCAUAGAAGAAAAAAAGCUACUGGACUUGACAUUGACUCAUCAUACAAUCAGAUCUAAAAUCAAGUUCACCACUGGCACCUAUGAUGAUCCCUUAAUACACAAUUGUGGAUUGUGUGGCAAAGGAUUUCGCUUGCAACGUAUGCUCAACCGUCAUAUAAAAUGUCAUAGUGAAGUGAAGAGACAUUUGUGCACUUUCUGUGGGAAAGGCUUUAAUGACACCUUUGAUCUGAAAAGACAUGUAAGGACACAUACAGGAAUUCGCCCAUACAAAUGUGAGAUCUGCAACAAAGCCUUUACUCAACGUUGUUCUCUGGAAUCACAUCUUAAAAAAAUCCAUGGGGUACAGCAACGCUAUGCUUACAAGCAACGGAGAGAUAAACUGUACGUUUGUGAAGAUUGUGGUUACACAGGCCCAACCCAAGAGGACUUGUGUGUGCAUAUCAGUAAUGUUCAUCCUGGAAGUGCUUUUCUGAAAAAAAAUUCAAAAAAGCUCAUAGCUGUUUUGCAAAACAAAGUGACAACUCCAACAGAGAGAAUCCCUAGAAAAAAUGAGGAUCUAUAAUCAUGCAAUUGAUAAUACUGGAUAAAUACAUAAAGUCUUACUUAUCACAACAUAUUAAACCCAGGUUAACAACACAUGAUUUCUGCAACCAAUAUAUGUCGUGUCCAAAGAAAGGAAGCUUAUUAUGCAUGCUUGGCAUUCAUGUGAUGGCAUGGUCCAUACAACAAAGAAGACAAUUGGUUGGUUCCCUAAUAAGCUGAAUCAUAUUUAACCUAUUCUAAUGUAUUGCAUGAACCCAACCUAAAAUUUAAAUAUUCAUGGCAGAAAUUAGCUUUGGAGUUAUUCCUGUCCCACAGUUUUAUAGUCUUACUUUAUUGGAAAUACGUAAUUUCCCUAUCAGAAAGAAACAUAUUUUCCCAAAGGAAAUUCUCUACAACUGUUAUUUACAUGAACCUAUUUUCAUUUAAGCUUUUUUGAUAUACAACAAAUAAUAUA